CGGCCUUGGCGGCCCUCUGCGUGCGGCGGGGGCCGUGACAGCGACGCUACUUACCAGGCAACCUCGGCUCCGGGCCGCUGCCGCCUGCCCUCGGGGGGCCCUGGUCUCCGGGCGCGAUGGGGGGCGAGGCAGGCUCCGCGGCGGCCUUGGUCGCCAAUGGCCGCGUGAAGAGCCUGGGUCUGGUGCUGGACGAGGAGCGCAAAGGCUACUACUCGAGCGGCGAGACGGUGGCCGGGCACGUGCAGCUGGAGGCCGCGGAGCCGGUGACCCUGCGCGCCCUGCGCCUGGAGGCCCGGGGCCGCGCCACCACCGCCUGGGGCCUGGCCGGCUCGGUCCUCGCGCCCGCCCCGGCCGCCGCCUCGGAGGUGGAGUACCUGAACCUGCGUCUGCGCCUGCUCCAGCCCCGGGCCGGUGAAGGCGCCAUUUUACUGCCGCCUGGAAAACAUGAAUUUCCAUUUAGCUUUCAGCUUCCAACUGAACCUUUGGUAACCUCAUUCACUGGGAAAUAUGGGAGCAUUCAGUACUGCGUAAAGGCGGUUUUGGAACGACCCAAGGUCCCGGAUCAGAGUGUGGAGCGGGAACUCCAGGUGGUUAGUCAUGUUGACAUCAACACCCCAGCACUACUGACGCCUGUAUUGAAAACUCAAGAAAAAAUGGUUGGCUGUUGGAUUUUCACUUCGGGCCCAGUCUCCCUGAGUGCCAAAAUUGAGAGAAAGGGAUACUGUAAUGGAGAAGCUAUUCCAAUCUAUGCAGAGAUAGAGAACUAUUCUUCUGAUCUUGUUGUUCCCAAAGCUGCCCUUUUUCAAACGCAGACGUACUUGGGGAGUGGGAAAACAAAGACUGUCCGUCACAUGGUCAUCAAGAUCCGAGGAAACUUCAUCACUCCUGGCUUCACAGACACGUGGAAUGGCAUGAUCUUGGAGAUCCCACCUGUUACCCCCUCCAUCCUGGAUUGCUGCAUUAUCCGAGUGGACUAUUCCCUAGCUGUGUACGUUGGCAUUCCUGGUACUAAAAAUCUGAUGCUGGAGUUGCCAUUAGUGAUUGGCACGGUCCCAUACAAUGGUUUUGGCAGCAGAAACUCCAGUGUUGCCAACCAGCUUAGUGUGGAUAUGAGCUGGUUGGCACUGACCCUACCAGAACGGCCUGAAGCUCCACCAAAUUAUGCAGACGUGGUGUCAGAGGAGGAAUUCGCAAGACACAAUCCUUCUUACGCUCAGCUGCCCAGUUGUGAGGGAGAAGCCUCACACUGCCCUGUGUUUGCCUGCAUACAGGAAUUCCAGUUCCAGCCUCCACCUCUUUAUUCAGAGGUUGACCCACACCCUAGUGAUGUAGAAGAAGCCCAGGCUGUUUCCUUCGUCCUGUGACCACCGUCAAAUAGAACAGUGUUGUUUCCUCUUGCCUUUCUGAAGGAGAAGGAGAGAAGAUUAGCUUACGAACAAACAAAUAUCAAGACGGAAGAUAAGAGAAAGUAAGGAAGGCAUGCGCUUUCCAUGGGUAAACAGGCUCAUCCCACAAAUGUAUGUGAUGGUCCCUUACAGUCACCGGUGAAGAUGUGGUAAAUCACUGAGUGGACUGCAAGUCUUGCCGGUGACAACAGAGUACGUGUUAGGGUGAGGGUGGUGCCUGUGCUGACCCAGGAGAAAAUGACCUUUGCAUAUGGUGGAAGCACUGCACACAUAAACCUGUAAAAAAGAUUUCCUGAAUGGAACUUUAAAAGAAUAGGGGCUCAUCAGAAGUCUUGGCUGGGGCGAGGACGGCCGCAUCAGGCUGUGCAUGACUUAAGAGCAUGGCUCCGCGGCUUGCUGAACGCUCGAAAUGUAACCCUCGGGUUCCAGGGUCUCAGUGCUUUCUUCCUGGAACCUUGACCAGAAAUGUCCUCAAGGUAAUGGCCGAGGUCUCUAUGAAGUAAUAGUCUUCACUCUUCCAAUGAUUUCUUAAACUAGCGUUUAUAAAUUGGGUAUACGGUAUUAAAAAACCAAGAAAGGGUUCUUUGAAAGGCUUGUUCAAAGGGGAAAGGUGGGAUUAGCUGAGAACCCAUAUUUUGUUGAAGGCUCUACUUUUUAUCCCCUGUGACCAUUUAGCAGGUAUUUUCUUUCUAGCUUACCUACACAUUCCACAAGAAGCACAUUACAGAGAGGAGUGGGAAAGGUGGGUAUCUUCAAGACCACUUGAUGCCUACAGACAAAAAAAAAGGGGCCUUUUUUCAACCUACCUCCAGUGGGGUUCUCAGCUAUGUUUUUGAAACUAUAGGCCUGAUAACUCUCCUGUGGCAUUUCUGCUACUGGAAGUAACAGUUCUAUCUAACCAAUUCUUAAGUCUGAAAGUGGACCAGGGGAAAACCUGUAACUUUGGCAUUAAAUUGAAGUAACUCUAUGUACACAUAAUGGUAUUGCAAAAUAAACGCAGGAUCAAAGGGGUGGGCAGGGGAGUGUGUGGAAAUACCAUUACAUAUGACACAAAUUUGAUUUCUUUCAAGAGACAUAAGUGAACGGAUGGCAGACACUAUUAUACGUUACCAUUACAGUUCUGUAGUAAUCCUAUUUAAACUGUGAUUUUAUUUUUUGUUUUGGUGCACUAUUAAAAUUUUUUCUCAGGAUAUUCAGACCAGCUGAAUGUGAUGCCGCUAAAAAUCCAAGCAGUGUUUUUACUGUGCGCCCCUCCCCUUUGGUGCAUGGUCACAUUGUCACUUGCCUUUCUUUCAGUCCAUUGGCUUGGAGAGUCGCGAGCAGAUGUAGACAUUAAGUGCACGGUGGCGGGGAGGCCGUGAUGCUGUAGCUCAGACUCGUGCUUUGGCUCCGCCUCAGGUUGGAUCUGGGAACUUGGUGCUCCUCAUUCUGCAUUCCACAGAAUGUCUGCAAGGUAGAUCAGUUCUCCUACAGCGGCAUUUUUGGUUUGAACAUUAGCCACUCGAUCAGGGAUUUUUCAGUAAACACUAGGCAAAUAGAUACUUUCCAUCCUUCCGGGCAUGCCUCUCGUACCUAUAAUCCUGUAAGCCUUGUAAGCACUUCUGACAUUUAAGCUACUGUUUAAAAAUCAAAAUGCAAAAUUGUCACACCAGUGAUUCUAGGGCUGAAGUUGUCACAAUGUCCUCCAUGACUCAGUCUUUCGUGCUGUUGUUGUUGUUGUUGUUGUUGUUGUUGCUUUUUGGGGGUUUGCUUGUUUGUAUCUUUUUUAAAGGUAUGUGUACUUGUGCGUUGUCUAAACAGUUUUAAUUUUACUUUAAACAGGAAUUGCUUCAGCUAAUUUUUAACUUUGUUUUAUGUUGUAGUUUACGUGUCUUCCAUUAGAUAGACACUUUCCUUCUCCUUAAGCCAAAACAAAGUGACAAACCCGUCAAACCAAACCACUGCCGCCGGGUGGCCUCUGCCUCCUCCUGGACAGCCCACGAGGCCAGAGGGGAAUGUGCUGCCAGGCGGUGAUCCUUCCAGGGGUCCUUCUCCAGGCGUUUGCCCACGAGGGACACGGGUUCACGUCACUGUGACCAUCGUGCCACCCAAACGCCUUCACAGAAAACAGGGAAGAGCACCCGGAGAGCGCGCAGCUCGGAGACGAGUGUUCAGCACUUUGUGUGAUGAACAGCGCCUCUGGGGUCGUGUGCCAUCUGUAUCAUGGAAUCGUGCAGCCCCACCCACCCUCAAAGUUGAGUGGCAUUGACGAGGUAGCUUCAGAGCACUGCUAAGAAAGCCUGGCUUAUCGAACGGAUAUCCAACCUUUGCUAUAGGUCGAAACUGCAUGAAAUACCAUUAAAAAGCAGGAAAAUAUAAAGGGAGAAAAUUCUACAGUGGAACAAAGAAUACUUGGGACUGAAGAGUAAGCACUUAGCAUUUGUUAUUUGCUUGCUUAUUGCCCUAUUGUUCUCUUACAAUGUACCCCAAAAAUGUGACCUUAGACUUUUUUUAGCUGCAAAAAUUUAAAAAGUGAAAACCUGUAAAUUUUGGCACAUGGACGCCUUCCAUGAACAAAACUUAACUUUUUGUGUUUUUGUUUGCGCGCGCACACACACACACACACACAGAGGCAGGGGUUUUGUUUGUGUUAACGAUGAACACUUUAAAAAUCUUUAUUGUUAAAAAUGUACCAGUUUAACCCACAAGGUGGGGGCUAUUGGUAUUUUGUACUCUUGUUUGAACCCCAUGGGUUCCUUUGUUAAUAAAAUGAUUACACUGA